GGUCCCAUGGGGUGACAGCGAGAGCCUCCGCGUGGGGUUCGUGCUGGCGGGAAGCAGGGGUGAGCGGUGCUCGCGGCCUGCGCUCCUCCAGCCCGCCGGGGGGCGCUGUGGGCGGGGCAGCGGCUCGUGCGCGUUGGCCUCACCCCUCUAUGGGCGUGGCCUGCUGGUGACCCCGCCCCUCAGAGUGGCGUGUAUUAGCCCCGUCUACCGUGGGGCGUGGCCUCGUAUAGCCACGCCUAUCUACUGUCCACACGUGCUGUGCGGGGACGUUACCUCGGGAGACACCACCCUCCGGUGACGUCAGCGGCGUGGGGCCGGAAGCGGCGGUCGCACCGGUUCUCGUGGCGGCGGCGGCGGGGCUGACGCGGGGCGCUCACCGUGUCUGACGCCGCUCCCGCAGCAGGAUGUGUGCGGGCUCGGCUCGGCGGCAGGAGCGCGGGCGGCAGGGCCCGGACGAAUACCGGGAGGAGUACCGGCGCUGCCUCGAGCGCGCCUUCCACCGGGGCCGCGCCGGGGCCUGCGCCGAUCACGCCUUCACGGAGCGGCUGCGGGGCCGCCUGGGAGCGGAGCCGGCGCUGCUGCCCGCCCUGCAGGACGACGGCCCCGCGCUGCUGGCCCGCGGGCUGCGCGGCCGCCCGGACCCGGUCCCGGCGCUGCGGGGCUUGGCCGACGCCUUCCGCCUGCUGGAGAGCGCGGCCGCCAACCUCUACCUCUGCCCCUGGCGCAGGGAGUUCGGCACCGUCCAGACCUUCUCCGGCGCCUUUGUCCACCUCCUGCGCCCGGCGCUCCCCGAAGCCGACCUGGUGCGGAUUUUUGGCCGGCUGGGCUACGAGCAGCGCGACCCGCACAGCCUCGUCCUCUCCCGGCCGCCCCCCGGGCCCGAGCUGGCCGCCACCGCCUGCGGGUUCUUUGCCUGCCGGCUCGAGUGUGAAAUCCUGGCAGAGAUGGUGCUGCGGCUGCAGCCGCACCGGCUGCGUGCUGAGGACCUGCUGGAGGCACGCCGCCUGGCAGGGGAUGUGGAUGCCUGCGUGAAGAUGCUGCAGCAGCCAGGGCUGCUGCACGAGGCAGCUGACAACUGCGACGACAGCCUGGAUCUCUACCAGGAGAUGCCGGCCAGCCCCAAGGACGUGGGGGAAGAGGACACAGACCCCCCAGCACUGUGGAGGGACCGUGACAGCCCGUGGGAUGCUCAGGACAGGCCGAAGACGGGCUGGGACUGCUGCGGAGAUGGCAGUCUUGGGCAGGAGCCAGUGCCCUCCACAGGCAACCCCAACCUGGACACCUUUUCGUCCUCAUCUCGCCUCUUCCUGGAGCAGGAGCUUGGCAGGGCUGGCAGCCCGCUCUGCACCCUCGCCGCAGGGAGCAGAAGCCCCCAGGUGCUGGGGGAGCCCCUAGAUUUGUCCUCUAUCCUCCCGCAAGAAGCCCCUGAGCUGCCAUGCUACCAGUUGCACUCCUGCCUGCAGCAGGGCAUGCUGCCCUCCUACUGCUGCACCACCUGCCAGCAGCUCCACACCAGCACCUGCAUGGCCGGGCAGGACUGCCGCAGCCGGCACCGCGGGCAGCAGCUGCACAGCGAGAGGCAGCAGCGGCUCUGGCUGCAGCGGACGGAGGUGGACAUGCUUCUAGCUGACAACUCCUGAUCC